GAGGGAAGGAAGGGCUGGGAAUUGUUUCCUGAGUGAGAGCUGUGAGCUGGAAUUAGCUUCCGGCUGCUGGGGCUGGUAGUGUGGGGGAGAGUGAGAGCAGACUAGCAGCCAGCCAGCAGUGACAGCAGGGCAAGGGAGCUGGAUACUCCUGGACUGGCCAGUACACUCUGGUGUUGGAUUGUCUGGUCCCAGUGGGGCUGUGGAUUGCAGCAGCAGUUGCAGUGGGGGCUCUAGGAUUCAAGUCAUGUAGUAGAAGAAAUUCAACAAAAUCGCAAUCUAAACACAGCUAGCAUAACAACGACCAUAAGGUUGACAACUAGAGGAGAAGCCCCCCCGCCCCACCCUCCCCAGCAGAUGUUAUAGAGGCUGUAAUGUUCUGACUCUCCAGGAUGGGAAGGCGCUAUCCAGGAGCAUCGUAUCGACCUAGCAGUUCAUAUUGCUAACUUUAACCUAUAUCCUGAUCCAUUGCUGACGCCAUUGUGACCCAUGUCUGAAGUCCUUCAAGUCGACUCAAGUGUGGAAACACUUCCAAUGUUUAUGGCAAGCCACAGUGCAACGGACAUAGCGAAUAGGAAUGGCCCAGUUAAUCCUCCAAACACCUUGAACCUACGCUCUUCUCACAAUGAACUACUAAACACGGAUGUAAAACAGACUGAUACAAAGGAUGACACACCUCCAAAAUGCCGAAAAAAAUAUGCAUUGACCAAUAUUCAGGCAGCGAUGGGCUUGUCUGACCCAGCAGCACAACCUUUGUUGUCCAACAGCUCUUCAAAUAUCAAGUUGGUGAAGAAUGGAGAGAACCAGCUGAGAAAGGCCGCUGAACAAGGUCAACAAGAUCCCAACAAAAAUACAAGUUUAGAGGACGAUGUAAAGAGGAUUUCCGAAAAGCUAGAAGGCAAAGAUGAAGAUACACAUGACCCAGAAAGUCCUGAAAUUCUGCCAUUGCUUCCUAGAAGGACCAAGAGCUUCCUUAAUUACUAUGCAGAUCUUGAAACCUCCAGGGACCUUGAGCAGAGUUUAACUAAUGGUCAUGCAAUGAAGGAAGAGGAAAGCUCCACAUGGAUUCCCAGAAAAGGUCCGGGCAUUAUUACCAAUGGAGAUGUGCUAAGGCCAAAACACAAGACUCCAAGUCCUGAGGACAGUCUGGCGCCAACGGUAUCCUCUAGCCCAGAGACUAAAAAGGACCAUCCAAAAACCGGAGCAAAGACGGACUGCGCACUGCAUCGUAUUCAGAACCUAGCUCCCAGUGAUGAGGAUUCAAGCUGGACCACCUUAUCCCAAGACAGUGCUUCACCUGUAACCCCUGAUGAAACAGCUGACAUAUGGAGUGACCAUACAUUUCAGACUGAUCCAGAUCUACCCCCUGGCUGGAAGAAAAUCAAUGAUUUUGCAGGAAUAUACUACUGGCACAUUCCAACUGGAGCCACUCAGUGGGAGCGUCCUGUCUCUGCCCCAAUAGACCUGCCUGCAUCACGGAAGGGAUCUCUUAGCUCUGCCACAUCAUCUCCUACUCCAGAGAGUGAGAAACAGCCAUGGAGUGAUUUUGCUGUUCUGAAUGGUGGAAAGAUAAAUGUUGACAUUUGGAAGGACUUGCACGAAGCCACGGUAAACCCAGACCCAAGUCUGAAGGAGUUUGAAGGAGCUACGUUACGCUAUGCCUCUUUAAAACUAAGAAAUGGGCCUCAGUCUGAUGAAGAAGACUCGUCCAGCAUCAACAGUGACCCGGAAGCCAAGUGCUUUGCUGUGCGCUCUCUGGGCUGGGUGGAAAUGGCGGAAGAGGAUUUGGCUCCGGGGAAAAGCAGCGUUGCCGUGAACAAUUGUAUUAGACAACUGUCGUACAGCAAGAAUGACAUCAGAGACACCGUUGGCAUUUGGGGAGAGGGCAAAGAUAUGUACCUAAUUCUGGAAAAUGACAUGCUAAAUUUGGUAGACCCCAUGGACCACACCCUCCUACAUUCACAGCCCAUUGUGAGCAUCCGAGUGUGGGGAGUAGGCCGGGAUAAUGGGAGGGAUUUUGCAUAUGUUGCCAGAGACAAGGAUACAAGAAUUUUAAAAUGCCACGUGUUCCGAUGUGACACACCAGCAAAAGCCAUUGCAACCAGCCUUCACGAAAUCUGUUCUAAGAUUAUGGCAGAAAGGAAAAAUGCCAAAGCUACAGCCUGCAGCUCGUCGCAGGAACGACCACAAGGCAGCCUGGACGUCCCACUGCAAGUAGAAUUCCCAACACCAAAGACAGAGCUUGUGCAGAAGUUUCAUGUGCAAUAUAUGGGCAUGCUGCCGGUUUCUAAACCCACAGGUAUGGAUGUUGUCAACGAUGCCAUUGAAAGUCUUUUAAACCCCUCAGACAAAGAAGAUUGGAUACCGGUUAUCAUGAAUGUGGCUGAUGCUACUGUAACUGUUAUCAAAGAAAAGGAUGAAGAGGUGCUGGUGGAAUGCAGGGUUCGUUUCCUUUCCUUCAUGGGCGUGGGGAAGGACAUCCAUACCUUUGCUUUCAUUAUGGACACUGGGAAUCAGCAUUUUGAGACUCAUAUUUUCUGGUGUGAGCCCAAUGCAGGAAGCGUUUCUGAAGCUGUCCAGGCUGCGUGCAUGUUGCGGUACCAGAAGUGCCUGGUUGCCAGGCCUCCUUCCCAGAAGCCUCAGCCUCCACCACCUCCUGCAGACUCUGUGACACGGCGGGUCACCACCAGUGUAAAACGGGGCGUGUUAUCCCUGAUUGACACUUUGAAACAAAAACGCCCGGUGGCUGACAUGCCAUAGCCACAAAAAGCACCGGAAUCAAUGGACACUUGAAGUGUAUGUCUCUGCUGAAGUGAAAGUAGCUCUGUAACGGAGUACACUGCGGCCCAGCCUUCCAUGAAACUGCUGCUUUCUCUUCAGAGAAUUUCCCUUUAUCCGAUGUUUGACAAGCAUGUUCUCGUUCUGACACCAUGGCGUACUACAAAAGAAGCAUGAAUAUAAAUAUAUAUAUCUACUCAUAACUUUUAUUUUUCUCUCUCCUGUCAGUGGUUCCUGUUACAUGCAUUGGAUAGCCUGUUUCAGAUUGUAAAUACGAUGAACAUUUCAUGACUCUUAGCAAGUGCCAUGGGGCCCGUUGUUGCUAAGGAUUACUAAGCAUCCCAUAGCUCACUGGCUCAUAUCACUGAGGUGUGAUUUGUUCAGACAAGAGACACUGUUAUUUCAUCAUUGCGGCAGUUUUCCGUGUCGGUGGAACAGAUUUUCGGAUUCCUAUUACCUGCGCCACCAGCGCUUAAUCAUUAACUGCACAAAGACAUCAUACAAAGCGAAUGGAAGGAUCUUGUGGAUGGGUUGCCCUACGGGGGCGGUGGGGGGGAUAAUUAAGUGAAGAGAUGAAUAAUCCCUUAUCAGUUUCUACAUCAUAUACAGCUGGACUCCACUAUAGAUAUUAUCCCAUCCAAUUCUCACAACUGUCGGACUAUUCUCAUUCAACGCAAGACUUUGUGUUUAUCAGGCAAGCAGAACUAUACUGUACAUCUCACACAGCCAAUGGAUGGAAACCAACGCUGCAUUAUUUCUUGUAGUCCUAAUGGAUCACAAUCCUGCCCUGUUUUAGCAAAGUGCUGUCAAUUAAUGACAUCAUUUCUGUGGUUUUAGUUUAAAGUUGAUUUGUCACCUGCAGACAAGACUACUCGUCUCUAGCCUUCACUCUCCUCUUCUGAUGACUUCUGUUGCUUUCAGGUUUAUGUUUUGUGUAUUCUUACCACAUAACACUUCCCCAGCUGUCUGCUAAACAUUUCAGAAUUGUGUACACAAUUAACAUGCCACUAAUGUCCCUUUACUAUAGUUUGGCAUUCUAGAACACUGUGUAGCUAUAAAAGUGUCAUUCAAAUCACAUCAGUUCCUACAAUUAAGAUUUUGACGGCUACAAGAAAAGCUUCCUUUUGAACAGGAGGUCAUUUAUGAAGCACAUUAUGGGGUCUAUUCAUAUAGAUCCCAGUGUGGAGAGUGAUCAUUUUCUCUACAUAUCACUUCAUAUGCUAUAUGUAGUAGUUCAAAGUCGAAAUUCAUGAAUACUUAUCCUUCCAGUGAAGCAAUCCGAAAAGGAGGCCGCUCCGCAAUCCUGGAGAGAAGUGCGGUCCUUCCAGCGAUCCGGUUUCCUGGUAGUAGAACCUGACUGCUGUGUAUUAGGAAUUAUCAGAAAUAGUUAGGUCCCUGAGUGCCCUAUACCUAGCUGCUGAUUGGCAUCAGAAAAAGGGUGUGGGGCUGAAGCAGAGGACAGAAGUAAUCAACUCCCCUGCUCUUUUCCUAUAGAAGUACAGAUUUCGCUAUCGUGAGACGGAAAUGGAAAGCUGAGCUUUCCGUUCCUCUAUGAAUCUCACUCCCCAUACUACUGUAUGGAGAAGCGAUCCAGGCACAGAGCAGGGGUUGCAGCUGGAGAAGUCAGGAACUUCUCCACCUUAAAGCUGGGUACACCCGAGACAGUGUACCGGGAUGAUAUCACUGUUCCCUCCUUCAUUAGCAUAUACCAUGUUGCUAGCAUUAUCGCACGGUUGCCUGUGCAGCAGGGCUGACCAGGCGGUAUCACUAGCGAUUGCAGGCACCUGUAGAUCGGGACUACAUGCUGAACGAUAUGCCCAAUAUGUUGUUCCGAUACGGCCGGAAAUUACAUAUCGGUCUGAUAUUAUUUCAGUGUGUACCUGGCUUUACCCCCUUCCUGAAUAGAAGGCAGCAGGGAAAAGCUCUGUUUUCAGUUAAAACAUGUCUUUUCACUACUUCAUGAAUGGACCCCUAUGUCCACUGUACAAUAUAAUGCAAUACUGUAUGUGGACUCACCAUAGAGUUGGCUUCUACAAGCACGUCUGGAAGAUUAAGGAACGCGCGUUUGCUGAAAAGAAGAAGUUUGGAAAGCCAGAGGGGAAGGAGUUGGGCAGACCGAAGGCAUUCCUAGCAGAGCAUGGAGAAGGCGUGCCGCUGUGCUGCAUUUUGCAGAGCAGAAAUGACAUUUCCUUUUGCAGAGUGAGAUUAUUGGGAGGAAGUACAGUAAAGGGGUGCAGAGGGUGCAUCUUGGGAGCAUUCCUUGUAAAGUAAUAAAAUCAGUCUCGAUGCCUACUCAAUGUGUAGGGAAAGCUCACAAAUAUUUAUUGUACUGAAAGUGGUGGAAGCAAGGCAGGAUUGAGGGCCACAUGGGCCUGGGGCUGAAACUGACCAAGAGCCUAUUGUGAGACGCGGCGGAGCUGUGACCAGUGCAAUAUGGGUGUGGCCAGUGCUGUGUGGGUGUGCUCAGUGCAAUGUGGGUGUGCUCAGUACCUUGUGUGCAUGUACACCACUAUCAGCCCUGAUGUCUCCCGAAAUACAUAAAUGUAGAAAAACUUAAUUGUAGUCUCAUCCGCCCCAUUGAUAAUCUAGCCCCGGGUGGAAUUAAAGUGAUAGGAGGGUGGAAGUUGGGGCGCAAUACCACUUUUCCACAGUGUGCCUUUGCAGAGACUUCUGGAACUGCGCACACCUAUGUGCAAUUUAGGUUGCAGAGGAGUCACACAAGGACUGACCAUCCAAGCACAUUGGUAAAGAACCAAGAUGUUCUGCAUUGCGCAUAUAGGGGGUCAUUCCGAGUUGAUCGCUAGCUGCUUUUGGUCGCUGCGCAGCGAUCAGGCAAAAAAUCGGCACUUAUGCGCAUGCGGCGCAAUGCGCACACGCAACGUACUAUUACAACGAAUUAUGUAGUUUCACACAAGGUCUAGCGAAGCAUUUCAGUCGCACUGGUUGCCGCAGAGUGAUUGACAUGAAGUGGGCGUUUCUGGGUGUCAACUGACCGUUUUCAAAGAGUGUUAGGAAAAACGAAGGCGUGCCAGGAAAAAUGCAGGCGUGGCUUGGCGAACGCAGGGCGUGUUCGUGACGUCAAAACAGGAACAGAAUAGUCUGAAGUGAUCGCAAGCGCUGAGUAGGUCUGAAGCUACUCUGAAACUGCACAAAUUUAUUUUGUAGCCGCUCUGCGAUACUUUCAUUCGCACUUCUGCUAAACAAAAAUACACUCCCAGUGGGAGGCGGCAUAGCGUUUGCACGGCUGCUAAAAACUGCUAGCGAGCGAACAACUCGGAAUGACCACCUUAGUGCGAUACGUAAAUGACCACCUUAGCAGAAUAUGGUGAUAUACUAAUCUAAUACUAUACUAAAGCGACUUCACUCAUAUUAACAAGAUUAUUUCAUGUGUUUAAAUGCAAUUUGGGUUUCCAUGUGCAUCUUUACAUAGCACACGUAACAUUACAGUAUGUGCUCUCUGCAGAAUUCUGUGGUAUUCAAGGAACAUUACCUACAGAUUUGCUGGUCCCAGGGCCGUCUUUUCGUAUGGGCUCUUGCCCAAGGGCCCCAGGAGUAAAAGGGCCCUAGGCUGAUAGCUGAGGGUCCCCUCUUUCCAGGGGUACCAGAUUUUUUAAAAUCGGACCUGGGGAACCGGAGAUAUCUGACUUCAAAGCAGUGGUCCCCAUCCAAGCCUGUUAAUUGUUUUUACCAGCCAGAUAUCUCGGGUUCUGUCUGACUUAGAGUUUUUUUGAGGGUAUACUUCAAAAGCUGGGACUCUCUCCUUUCAGUUGACACUGGCAGCUUGUCUCUACUAUGCCCAGAACCAGAGAUAUCAGUCUUCAAGCAGCUGGUCCCUGCUCCAGCUCCACACGCCUAAUAUGCAGUUUUAUAUGUUUGUUGGUGGAUUGCUCUGGCUCCUUAAGUCUGAUCCCCAAGUCCCCAGGACCUUCUGAAAGGUGGGCUCUCUAGUUUUUUUUAUCCCAUUAAAGCUAAGAAAUCUAUUUCUAGGAACUGGAGAUAUCUGCAGUAAAGCACGCUGCCCUGACCCCCGGAAAAUGAUGAAUAUUAAGCCCACUCCACUAUUCACCCCUCCCUUGUGUAUUAAACACCCCCUACCACCCUGGAAGCCAUGUACCAGGGCCCCUUCAUUCAGCACAAUGUCCCCUUCUACAGUUUAAUGUUCUCCUUCCUGCCCCAUUUGUGCAGUAAAGGAGUAAUUAGCAGAAAUAAUUUCUCCAGGUCCUGAGUGAAAGAUAGAACCCCCAUACCCCCCCCCCCCCCGCGGAACAUCAAAGCUGCCACUGAUAGCACCCCCCACCCCUACCGCUGAUGGGUGGGUAGGGGCCCCAGUGCAUUUCUGUGCCCAGGGGCCUACACUGCUGUUAAGACGGCUCUGGCUGGUCCCUUUUAAUAUUACCUGCUGAACAUACUGCAUAUCAAUAGCGUUAGUCAAUGGAUUCAAUUUUCAUGGUCCUUCUAGUUCCGUAUUAGUGAACGAUGAUGACUUCAGCAGUUUACUGGCCAUAUAUGGGAUUUUCUUAUUUUUAUAGAAAAAAAAAACCCCAAAAGCUAAUUAUAAGCACACAUUUAAAUGUAACAGCUCAUCAACACAGUGACUAAAUUGCAGCUGCACUCAGUAAUUUAAUUAGCCAUUAAUUUUAUUCAAGAGAAUAAUGAAUAGAGUUUUUCCCCUUGUUUGGCGUUGUAGUUCCCCUCUGCGGGAUUGUAGAUGACAAAUAGGCUAACCUUUCUGUGCACAGCCUGUCCUUGUAUACAGCGGGGCUAUCCUUCAUAUUUGCUGUCGCCCUAGCUAACUCUAAAAGCAGCAUGCUCUCAAUUUUACAUCAGUACAGUCCUACAGAUGUGCCUGCAUGCACACAGGUAACACACUCCUAUUGCUUAUCCCAAUUCAUUAUUGGAAUUUUCCCCACACUCUUUCAUACUGUGUGUCACUAUAGAUCUAUUUACAUGAAUUGUGCACUUAAUAUAUUUUUGCAUUGAAAAAGGUCAGUAACCCUCAGCCGGAAACUGAACAUCCACAGACUCAGUAUUAUCAUUUUCAAGAUUUUGUCCUGAUCAUUUCAGCAUUCUUUAAUAUAUCAGUUGUUAGUUCUGAAACACCAGCAUUUUCUGCAAUGUUGUAACAAAUGUAACUUACAGUAAUCAUGGUUUUCCCCCGCCUAUUGCGUCACCCACUCUGACAGCUGCAGAUUUGGUGUGAAAAUCCAAAGGCGGUAACAUUUUAUAAUGAACAUAUAAAAAUAGCACUGUUUAUACCGGUUGAAACACCUGAUCACACUGUAAUGAUUAUGCCUUCAUCUGUUUUUCUGGAAGGUUGGCGUUAUUGUGUACAGUUGUACAUAAUGAUGAUGUGUCUGCCUUGUCAUCACAUUCUCCUACACAUUUACACGUUCCGCAAUCAUAUCAUACCAGAAUUAGACGUAUCUAAUGAAACAUGGUGGAAGAAACAGUGAUCUAUGGGUAAAUGCCAAUCCUUUGCAGAUAUUUUGUUUUAAAAAUAGCUUUGCAUAUUUUAACUUAAAAAAAAUUAUUUUGUAAAACGAAUUGUAAUUAAAAAUAAAUAAAAAAAAGUCACUUUUUUUUACGGCCAAAAAAGUAUGUAUGUGGUGUGUAUGUAUGACUAAAUGCCAAUGUGUUAGUAAGAGUCCAUUUAUCUAUGCAUUCUUUGUAUGCAGUGGCUCUAUAAACAGCCAUGUUCACUAUA